GUUUGUUGUACGAUGGGAAAACCAAGGAGUUGUGUUUCCCUCGCGCAAAAGCAAAAAAAGAGUCCUAUUUCCUAGUACGAAAUUACAUAUUUGCAUUAGUACUCACCCUGGGCGUCCACCACACCCCGGCCAGGUUCUGUUGCAGCAUUGGAAUUUCCCAUGGAGGAGACCGAGAGCGGACCGUGCCAUGGCUGCCCAGCAGCUCCAGCCGACCUCAUCAGCUCCCUCCCGGAGGAUCUGCUCCUCCAGGUCCUCGGGCGCCUCGGCUGCUCCCGCGAUGCCGCGCGCACCAGCCUCCUCUCCCGUCGCUGGCGCGGCCUCUGGACCCGCCUCCCCAUCCUCACCGUCGCCCUCCAUGACGUCCCGUUCAGCUCGCUCGAGGCUACGCUGGCUAGCGCUGCCCGUCCCGGGGUGUGGCACUACCACCUAGACAUCCGUGUCCCCUGGCAAGACGACCCGCUCCCCGCCGCCAGCAUCUCCUCGCUGCUCCGCGCUGCCGCGGCGCUCUCGCCCGUGGACAUGCUCUUUGUUCUCUCGCCGGACGUCCACGUCCCACGUACGGACCUGCCCGAUGACCUGCUGCAACUGAUGCUGCUCGUAGGGAUCCCCUGGAGCACGGAGGUCUCUCCCCCUCCUCUGUUAGGUAAUCUUGUCCUAGUCAUAGCAAGAGUUAGAGUCUUGUGUAGCAUCGUUAGUACAUGUAAGAAAGCUUGUGAUCAACGUCGCCGUGUGAUUAGAUUAGGAGUUGAGUACUAGUCCAGGUUGAGUCCGGGUUAGACUAGAGUACUAAUCGUGUUAGGUUAGGACACAAGGUUGAGUCGGUCUGCUAGACCUUGGGUCGCUGCAUAUAUAUACGCAACAGGUCUAGACCUUUUGUGACCGAGGAAAACAGAAAAUCAAUAAAGAGAAGAGAGACACGACACGUGCCUUUGGCAAAAAUUAUUGUGUGCGCGUCUCUGUCUUAAUUUGAUGUGAUUGAUCCUGUGGGCGAAUUCCAACAAUUGGUAUAAGAGCUAGGUCGAUUUGAAGUCGCGCUUGCCCCGGGGUCGCGACCCGAUUAGCGCCUCGGGGUGGGCGAUAUGGUCGCUGGGUGGUGCAGCGACGAUGAAGAGCGGGCCAUGAUGUUGCUGGGUAAUGCAGCGACAAGGAGGAUCUGGCGAUCGUCGUUCGGCGGAGCGACAAGGAGUGAGACAACAGGCUGUCGUCGGGAAGGCGGUGGAAGAAGAUCGUUGAUGUGAGCGGUGGUACCGAGGUAUGGUGCCGGAUUGAGUCGUCAAGAUCGUCGUCCGGGGGAGUCGGAUGAGUCAAGGAGUCGUGCGUGUUUGCACUACCAGUCGUCGUUGCGUCAGUGAGUCGUCGGUCAGUUGGUCGUCGUCGUGUCAGUCGUCGUCAUGUCCAAGUGCUCGUCUAUGUGAGGAAGCGUUGAAGAUGAAGCGUGCCCAGGUCGUCUACGAGUCUCGACGAGAGGAUCAAGUUCAACUAUAUGGGGGCGGUAAACCAGUGAAGGUGAGUCUCUUCAAUGAGGCCAUGUCUCUACAUGAGGCUGGAGUGGGCGGUGUAGUCCACAAGGUGGUGAGAUCCACAAGGAGCCGGCAUGUAUCUUGCUAGGGUGGAUGGCGAAGUCCACCGGGUGGUGUUUUCCAUAGGUUACUAGCGAGGCUGGCUAGUCCAAGGCAUAUUUGAGGUGGUUCGUAAAUUCGCCAAGUUGAAAUUGGAGGGGAGAUUGUUGCGAUCAAUAAAGCCUAGCAAUUUCACUUAUCGUGGUGCGAGUGGAUGAGUCGACAAGGGAUGAUCUACAACGACUCAAGACCGGAGAGGCACAGAAGACAAAGUGUCAAGAUUAGGGAGAGAUUGUUAUGUAAUCUUGUCCUAGUCAUAGCAAGAGUUAGAGUCUUGUGUAGCAUCGUUAGUACAUGUAAGAAAGCUUGUGAUCAACGUCGCCGUGUGAUUAGAUUAGGAGUUGAGUACUAGUCCAGGUUGAGUCCGGGUUAGACUAGAGUACUAAUCGUGUUAGGUUAGGACACAAAGUUGAGUCGGUCUGCUAGACCUUGGUCGCUGCAUAUAUAUACGCAACAGGUCUAGACCUUUUGUAACCGAGGAAAACAGAAAAUCAAUAAAGAGAAGAGAGGCACAACACGUAUCUUUGGCAAAAAUUAUUGUGUGCGCGUCUCUGUCUUAAUUUGAUGUGAUUGAUCCUCCGGUGGACCUGCCCCGCUUCUGCCGCGCCACCACCAUCGAUCUACGCGCACGGCACCUCCCCUUGCGCCAUCCCUCCUCCGGCUACCCAUCGCUGGAGACACUCUCCCUCACCGGCUGCGACGUCGACCUCGCCGCCUUGAUCCCUCUCUGCCCGCGCAUCCGCGUGCUCACGGUGGACAACAACGGCUUGGCUGCCAUUGACAGCAUCACCGUCCACUCGGCAUCGCUGGAGGAACUCUCUGUGGAGAGCAGAGACACAUGGACAAGCUGUAUCGACGUCAAGUCGCCGGUGCUUGAGAAGUUGACAGUGUCUUUCCAUGCCCGCGGCGAUCUCAGGGUCUCCGUCUUGGCACCCAUGGUGGAGAAGUUCUCGUGGCGGUGCUACUACCCUAAGCCCAUGUACAGGCUUGGUCUCUGGGGCCUCCUGGAGGUCGGCUUAAACACCAUAGACUCCCGGAAAGGCGGAUGCUUGGAGCUCCCCAACGGCUAUGUCCUGUCCCUGCACAUGGCUGCCCAAGGUUCAUUUAAAUUUAUAAAUGCAUAGCACACCUUUGCAGCCGAGAUUGAUAAACAUAUGGUUACCGAAUUCUCUGGUUUGGACCUACAUCUAAGAACCACAGGGCAUGCGUUUGGAGCAGUUGUGUUGCGUCUCAUGGGGAUGCAUCGGAUCCGUACAGCUGCACGGAACCUUAGGAUCGUCCUACUAAAAUCAGAGGUGAAAGAAGCAUGCCCAGUAAAUUGUCUCUGUGAUGAGCCCAAGGACUGGAGAACACAAACUAUCUCCUUGGUUAAUCUUGAAACCGUGGAGAUUGAAGGUGUUGACGGGGAGGAUCAUGAGAUUGAUUUUUUGGAAGUGAUAUUUACAUCUGCUCCAAUGCUUAGAACAGUGGUUGUGAGGCUGGCAGAUGGUGUCACCCCAUGUGUCGAUUGGUGCACAAAAGUAAACAACAUCUUCAAGGCGUAUCCUUUUGUGAAGUGCAACACUGAUCUGGGUCAAUAUGUAGUAGACAAAGUUCUGCAUUGACAUGAUGCUUACAUUUGCGGAUUGAUGGUUCUGAUUACAAGGUUGUCUUCUCCCACACCGACCAACUCCUAUCUGUUUACAGGAUCUUGCUUGAUGGCUUCAAUCCAGACUACUUUCUGUUAUGUUUCUAGUGUAGUGGAUCUACAGGCGUUGAAGUGGUCCCCCCUUGUGGAUCUACAGGCCUUUAUAUAUGUCACUGUCUCCUUUUGAUUGGAAAAGCCCAAGAUUACUAGAUUAGUAGUGAUGAA